AUGGAGCCCAUCACCUUCACGGGGGCCGAUUGCACAAGCAUCUGUUACCCUCAUGACGACCCCCUAGUCAUCUCUGCUCUCCUUUCCAACUAUAAAAUCAGACGAGUGCUUGUCGACAAUGGCAGUUCUUCAGAUAUCAUCUUCCUCAACGCCUAUCGCCAGCUCAAGGUCGGGAAAGAAAGUUUGUCCCCUUUCCAAACCCCACUGGUCGAUUUCACGAGGGAUCGGGUGACCUCCAUAGGCUCCAUCGAUCUCCCCAUCAUAAUCAGAGAGUACCCGCAGCAGACCACCAAGUUGCUCACUUUCCUCGUCGUCAAUUGUCCCUCUACUUACAACAUCAUCCUUGGUCGCACCGCCCUAAACAUUUUUCAGGCUGUCACAUCCACAUUCCAUCUAGCCAUGAAAUUCCCUACUGAUCUCGGGGUCGGCACCGUAAGGGGAGAGCAGACUAUGGCCAGAGGAUAUUACGUCGCUUCACUCAAAGAGGUCAAGCCGAAGGAGGCCAUGAUCAUUGAAGGACUCGACGUCAGAGAUGAAGACGAACUAGUCAGAGGGGAACCAGUAGAAGAACUUGUUGAGGUCUUCAUCAGCCCUGCUGACCCAACAAAAACUGCCAAGAUCGGCAGCCAGUUAUCCUCCCAAGCCAAGGCUGACCUCACAGCCCUCCUGAUUGAGCACAAUGACGUGUUUGCCUGGACCCACUCUGACAUGCCGGGUAUCGAUCCCUCCUUCAUAACCCAUCGUCUUGGCAUUGAGCCCCAUUUUCGACCAUUUCGCCAGAAACAGUUCAUGGUCCGUAAAAAUGAUAGUAAAUGGAGACUCUGCAUCGACUACUCGGACCUCAACCGGGCUUGCCCCAAAGAUAGCUAUCCUCUCCCUCACAUCGAUAUGCUUGUCAACGCCACAGCCGGACAUCAAAUGCUCAGCUACAUGGACGCCUUCUCGGGAUACAAUAAAAUUCUGAUCCACCAACUGGCUAGGAACACACCUCCUUCAUAA